AUGCUGACGGACCGAGACACGCUACAUGUGUCGAUAGAUGUUUCUGGCAAUGGUCGGCUGGAUCUGCCACCGUAUGCGGACAACUUCGACAAUGGUAUUGCCAGUCUUACCAUGUUUCUGACCAGCACGGUAACGGGGUUGAACCUUACCAUCUCCAACGGUACUUUUGAUGGUUGGAGCAGAGAUACUCUGGACACGCCAGAAUUCCUUUGCAAUUCCACCACCAAUGACGACUUUGAAAAUGCAGGAUGCCAGCAGAUCAUGCUCCAGGAAAGCAGCAGUACUGUCAAGCACGUCAAUUGGGUCUGGCCCGACUGUCUAAUUGGUAACGGCGGCGCAGACAACGGCAACUGCAAUUCGGGUGCUCCACUAGAAGACUGCCUUGGUGGAACAGCAAGGGGACCUUACAAUAUAUCCUUCCAUGAGGCAUUUCGAGUUAACGGCGACGCUUUUUACACGAUUGUCGACCUACCAAUCCGGGUAACUAAUUCCAUUCCCAGAAACACGGAUCUUGCUGGCAGUCAGGUCCGGCCACGCUGUGAUCUUCGAAACAAUCCACUCAUAUCCGUUCCCGAGCGUAACCAGGCGAUUAAUGCACCGCCAACCCCACCGCUCCUUGGAGGUACCUUUGGUAAUAAUGGCCAGAAUGGAAAUGGAAAUGGUAAUGGCAACAGUGGUGAUGGCGGGAACAAUGGCGGGGGCGGCAACGACCUGCUGAACGGUGGGACUGGCGGUGGGAGCGGCGACGACGAUUUAUUGAAUGGAGGAAACGGGAACAACAACGGUGGCAUCCUGGACCCAGGCUCACCAAACUCUGGCAGCUUGGGUCCGGACAGUCUGGGACCAGAGGGCGCAUCGGACUCGGUGCGAGCGUCGUCGACGACUGUACUGUGUGCGAUGUUUGUUAUCACAGUAGCCUUGACAUGUUGA